AAAAAGACUGGUCGCUAAAUUGCAAAAUACAGCUGCAAUUGUUCGUUCCUGUACAAGAUUUGCAUAUUCCUUUCCUGGUCCACUUCUUCUUCCUCAAACCCCCAAAUCCCUCUUUUUCUCUCUGAAAAAAAAAAUUUUAAUUAGGGAUUUUGAAGUAUUUGAAAAAUCAUCACACCAAUUCAAGGUCAUGGCAUCGCGUCGUCGAAAGCUCCUCAAAAUUAUCAUCCUUGGUGAUAGCGGAGUUGGGAAGACUUCACUUAUGAAUCAAUUUGUUAAUAAGAAGUUUAGUAAUCAGUAUAAAGCAACAAUUGGAGCUGAUUUCUUGACCAAAGAACUCCAAUUUGAAGAUAGGCUUUUCACAUUGCAGAUUUGGGAUACAGCUGGACAGGAAAGAUUUCAGAGUCUAGGUGUUGCUUUCUACCGUGGUGCAGACUGCUGUGUUCUUACUUAUGAUGUCAAUGUCAUGAAAUCUUUUGAGAACCUCAAUCGUUGGAGGGAGGAGUUUUUAUUACAGGCAAGCCCAAGUGAUCCUGAUAACUUCCCGUUUAUUUUGCUGGGGAACAAGAUAGAUGUUGAUGGUGGGAGCGGCAGAGUGGUCUCUGAAAAGAAGGCCAAAGCUUGGUGCAUGAGCAAGGGAAAUAUACCUUAUUUCGAAACUUCAGCCAAGGAUGGUACAAAUGUUGAAGAGGCAUUCCUGUGUAUUGCUAAAAAUGCCAUAAAGAAUGAACCUGAAGAAGAAAUGUAUGUUCCUGACACCAUUGAUAUGACUAACAGAGCACAACCUCAAAGUUCUUCAGGCUGUGAAUGUUGAAAAUCUGUUGACGCGAAAAAUAUCUGCAUUAAUUUUUCCAUUGUUCUACUAAGUAUAAUAUUUGCAAGUUUGUCUGUGAAUGUACAAACAUCAUAACGGAGAAGCAAUCAGAUUAUCAUUCUGUAUUUGUUUUCUCAUCAUUCUUAAUAAAUCUUUGUCGUUUUAUGUUGA